AUGCCUCGAGAACUCAGACCCAGAACAAAUCGGCCAAGCUACGUGGCAUUGGCGGGAUAUCUCGAUGACGAUGAUGAUAAGGAAGAGGAGGAAGAAGAGGUUCGACCUGGUCCUUCCUCCAAGCGAGGCAAAUCGACAGCAUUUGUGGAGGAUGAUGAAGAUAGCGAAAGUGACUUCGCGCCAGAUAACGCCGAAAAAGACGUUGUUGAGGAAGAGGUCGAAGAAGAUAUGGACGAAGAUACUAUCGGGGAAAUCGACAACGAAGUGGAGGAAGAAAUCGUCACAAAGCCGAUUAGUCCAAAGCGAAAAAGGGGACCGGCUUCCAAUAUAGCGAAGGGAAAGAUGAAGGCUGAAAAUGUUGUCAAGUCUGUCGGAUCUCUGUCAAGGCGACAACUGUAUGCGCUACCUACGCCGAACGUCCACCACCGACACCGUGCCGUUCCUCUUUUCUCGCGCGUAGGACGCGUCGAACGGCUUACCACUGGUCCAAAGACUUUCUCUGUGCCGUCUGUUGCUCUUACGAACGGGUUUACCAAGGAUUCUAAAGUCACUGAUCGCGUCAACAAGUCUUGGGGAUACAACAUAGGUCCAGGACCGUUGUGGGAGCUAGUAGAGGACAGAGGGUGGUUCAAGGAAGCUGUAACAUCUGGAACAGGCGUUGACACAGAAGAAAAACGCAGGCCGAUUGUGUACCCGGAGAUUGCUAUUCGGGAUGGGUGGAAGAUAUUGACGGCACAAGAAGCUGCGGCUUACCUGCCUACAGAUGAUGUGACUACAGACGAGGGAGUUCUUAAACCUCCUCCACCGCUACAGUGCUACUUUGGUCCCAUAAAGUCGCAAAAACGCAACAACCUUCAGAUGUUCGAGUCUCUAUCCAUGUCCACCUAUUCCACUGAGAGCAACGCUCAUGUUUUCAAUGCCGGUGCUCCUGUAUGGGGUCUCGACUGGUGUCCAAUAUAUAUUGGAGAUCGGGCGAAACGUGGCUUCAAGCAAUAUCUUGCCAUUGCGCCAUUUCCAUCGCGCUCGCACUCUCCAGACAUCGGCAGAAAGGUGGCACGUCCUUCGUACGCAUGUAUCCAGAUUUGGUCGCUUUCCAGCACUUCCAGUUCCUCGUCGAGGAAGAGCCCUUCGAAAAAGCCGGACUACGGUCAAAUGAAGUGCGAAAUGGUCAUCUGUCUGGAUAGCGGCCCAGCUUACGACGUCAAAUGGUGUCCUCUUCCAUCGCAUGAUCCAACGAGUGCCGAGCACACUCCAAGGAAACUAGGGCUUUUGGCCGGAACAUUCGAAGAUGGUUCAUUUUCUGUCUUUGUCAUCCCAGAUCCCAAAGAUGUGAGGCCUAGAGGGCAUGACGACUCAGCUCCUUUUUAUGUGAAUCUAUCUCGGCCCCUCCUGCGUAUAGAACUCGAGGAGACUGCCUGUUGGAGUUUCGACUGGGCAAAUAGCGGCUUGGUUGCUAUUGGCACUACCAACGGUUGCAUCGCUAUAUACGAUAUACAGGCUGCUCUGGGCUCUUGUGCUGAAGGAGAAGUUGCUAGUACUACCGUCACCGAUAUCCUGCCCACCCAUUACAUCACUGUACAUCAAUCGGCUAUUCGAUCUCUGGCAUGGAUCAGGGCACCUCCGUCAUCGCCCUCAGGUGUUCCUUGUCUUGACCAGGACCCCACGACGAUAGCAAGCGGAGGAUACGAUGGCAUGGAGUGUAUGACGGAUAUUAGAGAGGGCCGUGGCGUGGUGAUGAAUCGGACGAGAGACGUCAUCAACGCAAUGGCGUUCUCCCCGUUCGGGGGUGGUCCCAUCACCUUGGAUCAUGAAAAUACAGUAAAGGCCUAUUCAGCUUCGCCCAGUAUGUUAGCAAGAGGGCAUUCUCUAUUCGAACCACAAGGACCUGUUUGGAGCAUUAAUGCAUCCGAUUACCACCCGCAACUCGCCGUUGGUGCAGCAGAUGGUUCUUGUUCGACAACGAACACCCUCAGAGCCACAAGACGAGGAGGAGCGGCUCCUUUCUUCGUUCACAAAAUCUUCCAGAUGGACUAUAGCCGCAACGCAAAGGAGUUCCGCAUGCUGGACCACUUCCUUCCUCAGGAAUCUCUCGAACGGCCCUCUGUACGUUCAAAAGGCAAGGGUAAAAAAGACAAUCCAGCAGUGCCAUCUGGCACCGGCGCCUGGCCACAAGCCGUCGGUAUACAUAGAGUUGUUUGGAAUCACGGCAAUGGGUUGGCCGCGUCUGGUUGGCUAGCAGCUGCCACCGCGUCGGGCCUCUGUCGCGUUGACCUUCUCUGGGGAAGGUGGGUUCAAGACAAGAUUCCUUAUGGGGGCAUUGAAGGCAUCAGAUUUGAGGACGAGGACGCCAUGGAGGUGGAUAGCGAUGUUUCAGAAGAAGAGUUCGAUUAG